UGAAACAUCCGGCCGGUAGCACAACUCAUUCCAACGCCAUCACCCCAACCGUUAACAACUACUACUACUACAGUAGAAAUUCAUUUUGCCCUAACCGUUUUUUCAACUACAACAGUCCAAGAUGAGUGAGGAUGCACCAUCCGAUGGACCGUCAGCGGGAGAGGGGGCUGAUGCUCCUAAAACUACAACCACCGUGGCGCCCGUUGAUACAACCACAGCUGGCGCUCGUAUGAUGAUGAUCCACCCAUGGCUGACGGCCGCCGCAGUGGCCGUCUAUGCCACCAAGGUUAUGUGGGUCAAGUUCCGUGAGAUCGGCGUGGCUAAACAGAAGAAGCUGCUCAAAAAUCAGAAGGCACAGCAGUCGAAGUCCUUGCAGGACAUUGAUGAAGAGGAUUCCGAAUUGGAAUCUGAGGCAGAGGACGACGACGUGCCGCAACAACUGGAAGGUGCAGCGAGUAUAUGCCAACGCUCGAUCGAAGUUGCCCCCGUCGACUGCUAAUAUUCGAAUCGGGAAUGAAGGACCAUGAAAAGGACACUGCACACACACAUACAACUACACUAAUUGUUGUAAUGCUUGCGUUUUUAGAAGGGGAGGAUCGUCGAGCAACGUUUGACUUCGACCACCACAUUGGGGGACACAAAUUGUUAGUUUUAAAACAUUAACCAAAAUUCUUGUAUACCAGUGCGAUAUUUGAAUUAGUUUUUAUGAGUUUAUAUUAAACGCUGCGAUGAAUGUAUGAUACCCUAA